AUGGAUGACUGGAGUCUAUUGAGCGAGGUGAAUGUGUUAGCAAAGUUGCCAGAACAAUUCAAUGAAUGGCUGGAGUCAAAAAAGUGGACAGAAAGACGUGAUGCUCUGCAGGCAUUGAUAAAUGAAAUGGCUAAGACUCCUCGGCUUGACCCGAAAGUUGAUUACUUCAGCAUAACACAAAGCUUGCGAAAUGUUCUUGCAAAAGAUGCGAAUAUUAACGUAUGUGCUCUCGCAGCGAAAUGCAUCACAGGUCUUGCGAAUGGUCUUCGAACGAAGUUUGCACAGUUUGCUACAUUGUAUAUCCCAGUCAUUUUCGAACGUUUCAAAGAAAAAAAGCCAACCUUGCGUGAUCCUCUGAUUGAAUGUAUUGAUAUGAUAGCACUAACGUUUACGGCCGACCCGGAUGCAGAAGUACGAGAAGCAGCAUGCAUUGGUCUUGGAUCGAUUAUGCGUUUGACAGGUGAUAAAGUGAUGAACACAUUCUUGGGCAAUUUGCAAGAGGAUAAAGUAAAAAUGAAAAAGAUAUGUGAUAGUAGAGAUCAAGCCACCGCCGAAUAUAAUGAAGAAGCAAUGCGAAAAAAAGAAUCGGUAUCCUGUGGAAGUGUUGCAAUUUCCAAUGCAGACGCUUUAGCUGUUGGCCCUACAGCUGCAGGUGUUGAACCAGCUGCACAGGAAAUCGAUCCCUGGGAUAUGUUAGAUCCUGUGGAUGUACUUGCAAAGUUGCCAGGAAACUUCAUGGAAGGUAUUGACUCGAAAAAAUGGGUAGAUCGGAGAGAUGCGUUGCAGUCAUUACUUGUUCUUUGCACUGAGAAUCCGAAACUCUGUCCAAAGGCUAAUUAUGGAGAAUUUGUAGCCUUGCUUAAGAAGAUUCUGGAGAAAGAUGCUAAUAUCAAUGUUUGUGCUCUAGCAGCUCGAUGUCUAACGGCAUUUGCAACAGGUUUGCGUAAAAAAUUUGCGCAGUAUGCCACCAUGGUUGCGCCAACAAUAUUUGAAAAAUUCAAAGAAAAGAAGCCGGUUUUAAGAGAUCCACUCAUUGAUUGUAUUGAUGCUGUUGCUGCUUCGACUACUCUGGAAGCGAUAGCUGAAGACAUCCAAACAGCUCUUGAUAAGCAAAAUCCUCAUAUCAAAAUUCAAACGAACCUUUUCCUAUAUCGAGUGUUCAAACGACAUAAUCCGCAAACUGUCCCCAAGAAAGUUUUAAAAUCACUGGCUCCAAUAAUCGUGAAGCUCACUGGUGAUUCGGAUCCUGAAGUACGAGAUGCUUCCUAUGCUGCGUUAGGUGCUGCUAUGAAAGCUGUUGGUGAAAAGUCGUGUAUGGUUUUACUUACCGAUAUUGCGGAAGAUAAGGUGAAACUAGCAAAGAUCAGAGAUUUCUGUGAGAAGGCAGUUCAAGAAGCUGGUACAGAUGUUGUUUCAAUUAUGGUACAAAGUAUGCAUAAAAGCAAUCCUGAAAAUGGAACAGGUGCUGGGAACGCUAAUUCGAAUUCAGUUUCACCUCUGAAACCGCCAGCACCAGGUGUAGGAAAUUCGAAUGUUGGUGGAAAAACACGUUCAAAAGAAGUCAGCGAAGAGGAUAAUACGGAAGAGAAGCCAUCGAAGACAUCGAAGAAAGAAUUUGAAGCUGCAAAGGAACCUGACGAAUCAGUGAAGCCGAAGGAUCAAUUUCUGGUGAUUAAUAAAGACAAAGGAGUGAGGUUAAAAGAUGAAAGGAAUCUUCGGGUUCUCAAGUGGAACUUCGAUCAACCUGAAAGUGAGCAUGUCGAGCAACUGAAAACAUUGCUGGGUAAUGUUACCCAAGCAUCUUUGUUAACAUUUCUGUUUAACAAGGAUUUCAAACAACAGCUUAAAGGAAUCGACAUCCUACAAUCGCUGGUCGCCGAUUGUCCGGAAUCUUUGAUAUCAAAUAGUGAUUUACUACUGAAAUGGAUUUCAUUACGAUUUUUGGAAACGAAUCCAACAGUUUUGCUGAAAGUGCUUGAUUUAACGCAAGGAAUAUUCAACCUUUUGUUGCAACAUAACGAGCCUUUCUCGGAUCAAGAGAUGUACUCUUUUGUUCCAUAUUUACUUCUAAAGUUAGGAGAAGCAAAAGAUUCGGUCCGCACACCAGUUCGUACUAUAAUCCAACUGGUCACCGAACUGGUCAGUCCUCCAAAGAUAUUUCCACUUAUAAUUGAGGGUUUGAAGACGAAGAAUUCGAGACAACGGACAGAAUGCCUGCAAGUUUUAGAACAAUUACUCGAUACGACGGGGAUGGCUGCCACUACAACACCAGCUCAGUCUUUGAAACAAAUCGCAGCGUGCAUUGAUGAUCGUGAUAAUAAUGUACGUAACGCUGCAAUUAAUGCUAUCGUAGUAGCUUGGAAAGAAGAAGGUGAUCGAGUUUUUCAACUUAUCGGCAAAAUGAAUGACAAAAGUAAAGCGAUGCUGGAUGAGCGUAUAAAGCGAAGUGGUGUAGUUUCGAAAACGCGAGGAGGUCCAGAACGAGUCGGUGUUUCUGCCAAACGUAAUGCAAAUAUUUCUGUCGGCAUUAAAGGCAGAGGAAUGAGGAGUGGUCGAUCAUCAAGUAGGAUAGGUAGAAAUUAUAGCAGUAAUAGUGUUUCUCGUGAUUCCAGCCCAGUUGAAGAGAAAGAAAACAAUCGUACAUUUACAAUGCAGAAAGAUCUCGGUGACCACAGUGAUGAUAAUGACGGAACUCGUAAACGUUUCGCUUUGAAUCUAGAUCUUCUGAAACUUGAUUAUACCGAUAGAGCUGUGGAAUAUCCUGAAGUUGAUACUAAUACGCUAGAAAUGUUGGCACCCAUUGAACCAGCAAUCCGUAAACGGAAGCAUCCACCACAGUAUUCAGACCGAGCAGAAUCUGUCAGUUCAUUGACAUCUCUAGAAUCUGCAGCAGGCGAUGUAGAUAAGGUUGUGCAUGGCGUGGCUUCGAUGUCACAAGCGACUGCAACAGCAGCUAUUAGUCAGCUACAAUUUUUAUUCGGUGAUCCGAGCAACUUUCGCUAUGUUGCUGAUCGAACUGAUGCUAUUGUGCAGGCUAUUGUAACGCAGUCAUCUAUUAUACGUAGUCGUCAUCUUGAUGAUGUUAGCGCGUUGGAUGAGCUAAACGAGCUUGUCCGUACAAUAUGCCAUUUUUUAAGUUCGCUUAUCAAAGAAACAACGACAUGCUCACGAAUCUCUUCUGAAGCUUUGAAAAUGCUUAUACAAGAAUUCCUCUAUCUUUUAAAAGAUGAACGCAUGGAGCAGCUGAAGGAUAUUCAGUCUAUAUUUCGUUCACUUAACUACUUAUCGAUUCGAAUAUGCGAUAACGCCGAUCCAACUGCUUGUUUCCUUGCUCUUUGUUCUAUGUUAACAUCUGCUUUGCACGAUCCACGGAAUAAGACUGUUGAACUCAUAAAUAAGUGUAUUUAUAAACAAUCCGAGCUAUUUCUCCGUGAUGUACCAAUGAAUUUGGAUGAAAUCGUGAAAGCAAUUCAUAUUUUCAUGCAAGAAUUCCGUCCACGAGUGGACGAAAAUAAAAGUAUCAAAAAUUCCAUGCAUUCAAUGGAGUUAUGCAUACAGCGUUUGGUAGCAGGAACAAAAUCAUCGGUGAUACAGCAUAUUGGGGAAAUAUCGAAUCCUGAUUCGAGCGAAGCUGUAAUUUACAUGAAAAAAUGUGUUCGCGGGUUGCAAAAUAAAAGUAAUCAAAAUAGCUUAGCAUCAUCAGCGUAUGGAGAACUGCCGGGACAGGUGCUGUCAUCUAAUUAUGAGGAGUCGGUACGAAAUCUCAUUUCGAAAAUUGUUGAAAAUCCAUUUGGAAAGGGCUUGCGACUUUUGCAUACAUUCCUGAAGAUGAAUCCGGAUGCCCAGAAAAUCCUAGAAGAGGAACUGAAAAGAUAUUGUCGAAUGCGGGUCAGUUCGUUGUAG